AUGGAAUUAAACUUUGAUGGCGAAGAUGUUCUCUACAGGCUUGCUUGUAAAUGCGAAGACCUCUUCAAUCAACUACAGGAAGCCUCUCCAAAAGCAAAGCCAAAGGCUGCUACCGAGCUAUGUGCAGAAUUGCAGCAACGAUUUUCCAUAUGGGCUUCCUAUCUCGGGGUGUUUGCUAAGGAAAGCCAAUGUCUAGAUACAAGACUGCGAAACCUCCCAGACCUUCAAGACCUUGUUGCUCGAUUACUAGAUCUCCUCCGCUGCAGUUUACAACAAUAUAAGGAUGAAAUAAACAGUCAAGAAGAUCAGGCUCUGAUAGGCUCUGAUAAAUCCCGCCCUGAGGCUUCUCCAAUGCCAUCAGCAGCUCUCACAGCAAUUGAUAUUACGCUCACUCGACUCAACCGUUUAGGCGUUACAAUUCGCCAGUCCAGUCAAGACAAGAUCGAUUUAAGAGCAAAUAAAUUUAGUGCAGGUCUUGAUCUAGCAUUAUUUACUUUUUUUUGUGCAAACGUUAUACAGACCUUAUAUCCUGGAGCCCACCAAUCUCUUAAGGAUCAUCUUCAAGAGUCGAUGUUAAAUAGAUAUAAGAAGAUACUACACCACAACUCUCGCUACACAAAGCUUAAAACCCCCCGAGAGUCACAUAUGAGGUUAUCACCUAUCCCAGAAGUACCUGAAAAGUUGCAAACUAGCGUUCCUAUUAUCCAUCCCGCGAAGGAGAUAUCAGCUAUAGCUAAUCACCAAAAAAGACAUACUACACACUCUCAGUCUGACUUAUCUACUGUCAACAUUCAACGCAUUAGGAACCGCCACAGACCGCCUGAUGAAGCAUCGACAAAAUUUUAUAAAACAUCAUCAGUCCAAGUAAACCAGGGUAAUUAUCCACAGCUACCUAUCACAAACAGGGAUAGCGAUAUUUUCACUUGUGAGUGGUGUUCUGAGCCGCUCAAUAAGAAAACACUCUCGGAGAGCGAAUGGCGUCAACACAUAGAUCGAGAUCUCAAACCCUACGUUUGUAUCUCAGAGGAAUGUCCAGAGGCACACCCAACUUAUUCGACCUUUGAUGAGUGGUUCAGCCAUAUGGGUUGUCACAACCGGCGAUGGUAUCAGCAAAUUUAUUCAUCGUCUACCUGGGUCUGUACUAUCUGCGAAUUUAACCCAGGCGAUUACAGCAACCCACAAGCCCUAUAUUUACAUUUAAAAGAAUCCCACAGUAAUACCUUUACAAAUGAACAGCUUCAGGUUAUUUCACGCCAGAGUAAGAUAGAGCAGCUAAGGCCUUGGAAUAACUGCCUUUUGUGUUGUUUCAAAGUGGAAGAGGGAGAUAAUAACACAGCUGUUUUUCCUAAACGAAAAAAAGCACUGUCAAAGCAAGAACCUUUCAAAAGUGCCAGGAACACUUAUGAGAUGAUGCACCCUGGUCACUACAGUUCGGACUCUGAUUUUUCGGACACCUCUUCUAAUCCAGACAAAAAGUCUCAUCAGCACAGAUCACAACAGACUGAAGACCACUCGAAGGCUGUAGCCCGGCACAUUGCGGCACAUUUACAAGUGCUAAUGCUUUUAACUUUACGCUUUGCAGCCUUGCAGGGAGAUAACGGAGCAUUGGCGGAUGAUGAUUUCAAGAGUAAUUCCGUCGAUAUCGAUGACGGAAGUAGCGUAUCGAAGGGCAGCGACCUAGGAAAACUUUCAGAAAUCGACUCCAGGGCAGAUGUCACUAUAAAAUACAUGGACGACGAUGAUGACACGGGAGAUGCUAUGGAUCUGGAUGAUGGCUUUGUGGAGCAUAAUAUCUCAAUCCCCGACACAGAGUUUGAUCUCAAGGAUAUCCCUAGACAAUACGAUGGCCUAGCAACUGAGAAUGACACUUUCUUAAUGAAGAUAAUCGAAUCUGGAGCUUACCAGUCUUGGCGAGAU